AUAUAGUCAGAAUGUCAGCGGAACACACGUUGAUAAUUUGAUAUUUGUUAAAUAUUAAUGAUAUAUGCACAACUUUUACCAAGUUUUUAUUUGAAACUAGAAAGUUUAGAAAUCUUUUAUCAACAAAAUGGAAUCAUAAUUAUUUAAAUAGUAUACAAAAUGGCAGAUGACACAGAUAAAAAAAAACAAUUUGGUAAUAGAUUUUUAAAAAAUGAAAAUGAUGUUUUUAAACACAAUGCAUGGUAAGAAAUGUUUCCAUUUAUUUCUAACAUGAAUUUACUUAAACGUUGGUAGAAUUAUAGUACCUAUAAUUAUGUCAUAGGGAUAAUGUGGAAUGGGAUGAAACACAAGAAAACAAUGCGUUGUUACAAGUAUGUGAACAUAUAAAAACUAAAAUGCCUUCAGAAAAAGCAGUUGAUUUAGAAAAUAAUGCAGAUCAGUAUUGGGAUAAAUUUUACACUAUUCAUCAAGAAAAGUAUGUGUCUACUUAAAUGUUUAAAGUACCUAUUGCAAAAUUAACAGAAUCGCCCAGCACAAAUAUUACUUUUACUUUUAUAAAAUAUUUUAGAAUUAUGUUUUCUACUUUUAUAACUACCACAUCCACAUGAGAAUCAAAUCAAUUGAGGUUAAUUAUUUUUAGCACUUAUUAUACAGAUUUGUUUGCUGCCAUCAACUAUUUUAAAUGUUAAUCAUAUUAUAAAUUAGGUACAUAUUUGUUUUAACAUUUAAGAUGGAGUAAAAAGUAAUUUAAGUUGACUCUCAGUUGUCUAACCAAUUUAUCAUAUUAUGAUAAUAAAAUUGUUUUUAUUAAUUUUUUUUAAAAAUUCCUGAUGUGUUGAUUUAAUAGUUUAUAUUUUGUUUUUUUUUCAGAUUUUUUAAAAACAGGUGUUGGUUAUUUACUGAAUUUCCUGAAAUAACUUCAUUACAAAAUGAUAAAUCCAACAGCAUAUUAGAAGUUGGCUGUGGAGUCGGUAACUCAGUUUUCCCUAUAUUAUCACACAGCGCCAGUAAUAAUAUCCAUAUCUAUUGUUGUGAUUUUUCUUCAAAUGCUAUAAACAUAUUAAAAGAAAACUCAGAAUACAACGAAGAACAUUGUACAGCAUUUGUAUGUGAUAUAACUAGUGAUGAUUGGAAUUCACCAUUUGCCUUGGAAAGUUUAGAUGUUAUUUUAUUGGUUUUUGUUCUUUCAGCCAUACAGCCUGAAAAGUAAGGUACAAUUUUAAUUUGUUUAAAGGUUUCAUAAUUUUUUUACACAUUUUAAAUUGAUUAUUUUUCAGAUUGAAACAUGUUGUUCGUAAGUUUUAUGAGUACUUAAAACCUGGAGGUAUAAUAUUGUUUCGUGAUUAUGGUAGAUAUGAUAUGGCACAGCUCAGGUUUAAAGAAGGAAGAUGUAUAUCAGAUAAUUACUAUAGUAGAGGUGAUGGCACGUUGGUGUAUUUUUUCACUCAAGGUAUAGUUUUAUACCUACAAUUUUCAGAAUAUAAUUAUUAUUUCCUAUUAGAAACAUUAGAUUUUAACUGAAGUGAAUUUCAAAUAAAAUAGUAACACUAUAGUCUGUUCUAUACAAAAGAACGGGCCAUGUACUGACCAAAAUCAGUUGCCACUGGAGGCAAGAGUUCAGUAUGUAUGAACAGAAAUGGCCCGUUCUCUUGUGGGAAAUAACUUUUAAAAUUUGGUUUCUUAUGAACAUAUGUAUUUAUAUUUAGCUUUUUAUUAGAGUCUAUUUAAGUAAUAUGACUUAUUAUAUUAAUAAAUUAAUUUGUUUUUCUUUAGAUGAAGUAAAACAGCUAUUUAUUAAUUCAGGUUUUGAGGAAGUUCAGAAUUUAGUUGAUCGUCGUAUGCAAGUGAAUAGAGGUAAACAAUUGAAAAUGUAUCGGGUUUGGAUUCAAUGUAAAUAUAGAAAACCUACAUUAUAAUGCAAUUAUUCAAUUAUUGUAAUAUAUAUUUUGUUAAA